UGAAUCUGAUGUCUGCCAACGCAAUCCCACAAGGCUUCAAAGCUCUUCCUCUAUCAAUCACACAGUUAUCUCUAGCUGCGGUACUGAAAUGUGGACAAUCGUUCCGCUGGUCGGCUUUCCCUUUGGUUUCUUCUUCUGAACACGCUGAGGCGCUAGCGGGGUCAAUUGUUAGUGGUGUUAAUGACCCGACGCACGAAUAUCGAUUUUGUUUGAAAGAUCGUGUUGUGUGUAUGAGACAGUCGGAGGAGGUUUUGUUUUAUCGGGCUGUAUUCGCUCCUCUCUCUCCCCCUUCUCAUGCCUUGGAACAUUCUUCUAUCAGUACAAGCUCUUCUGGCUUAGGAAGAACAGACACGAAGAAAGACCCGGGCUCGGACUCGGAAACACUCGCGUUUAUCCAAGAUUACUUCCAGCUAGACAUGGACUUACUAAAGCUAUACGACGAAUGGAGCGCAAGCGACCCUAUUUUCCGGAAUCUAAAAGGAAGGUUUUCAGGAAUUAGGAUGUUAAGACAGGAUCCUUGGGAGUGUCUUAUUUCGUUUAUAUGUUCGUCGAAUAAUAAUAUCUCGAGGAUAUCGAAGAUGGUGCAGAACCUCUGCACGCAUUUCUCUCCUCCUUUGGUUACUCUCGACGACCCCACCGUACCUUUAAAUCCAACCACAAGCACUCCCAUCCCCACCUCAAAUGCGAAUGUAACAUACCACCCCUUCCCACCACCCUCCUCCCUCGCCCACCCCACCGUCUCCACGAAACUACGCACACUAGGCUUCGGCUACCGCGCCGACUUCAUCCAAAAAACAGCCUCAAUGCUCCUCAAAACACACGGUUCCGACCAAGGUGUCUUUAACUUCCUCGAAGGGUUGAGGAAGGUAGGAACGAACGAAGCGAGAGAGGAGUUGAUGAAACUUAUGGGCGUUGGAAGGAAAGUGGCUGAUUGUAUUUUGUUGAUGAGUUUGGAUAAGAGAGAAGUCAUACCAGUCGACACACACGUCCACCAAAUCGCUCUCAAGCACUACGGUAUGCGUUCUUCAGGCGUGAAAACAGCUAUGACGCCCAAGUUAUACGACGAAGUCAACGCACGACUAGCUAAGAUCUGGGGGAACUACGCUGGGUGGGCACAUUCGAUCUUAUUCACAGCAGACUUGAAGUCAUUCUCAACAUACGGUCUCCCAACACCAAGUCCAACACCCUCACCAUCCGUAUCUCCUACAAAAUCCUCAAAACCUUCUCGCAAACCACAAAUACAAAUUGCAACACAAACCGCGGACUCGAGAUCUCCUUCCUUAACGAGAGGGAAUCGAAAACGGACUCAAGUCGACUUGAACGCUGCAUCAUCUUUGUCUUCAUCGUUAUUAUCAUCAUCACCGAUAGCUUCGACAAUCGUGAAAACCGAAGUUGAAGCUGUUUCCCUGAAAGAGGAAGUAUCCGCUUCAGAUGGUAGCCUUGCAGAUCGGGUGAAACGUCGGAGACGAAUUGCAGUUUCGAAUGAGGUGACGAAGGAGUGGUAG